AUGAAGCUCUCAUCCAUCGCUCUGUCCUUCGCUGCUGCCGCAGUCGCAUCUCCCAUCGGAGCUGUAGAGAAAAGGCAGCUGUCGGGUAUCACAGAGAAUGAACUGAGCGUUGGCUCAUGCAGAGAUGUGGUCUUCAUCUUUGCCAGGGGCAGUACCGAGCCUGCCACCAUCGGUGCCAACCUUCUCCCUCAAGGUACCACGACUGCCGCUAUCCGGGAAGCUCAGCGCCUGUUUCAGUUGGCCAACUCGAAAUGCCCGAACAGCGUCGUAACUGCCGGAGGCUACUCCCAAGGCGCAGCCGUGAUGACUGGCGCGGUCAGUGGUCUGAGCGCUUCAGUCAAGGCGCAGGUCGCCGGUGUGGUCCUCUAUGGCAACACCAGGCAGUUCGAGACGGGAGGUCGUAUCCCGAAUUAUCCUCAAGAGGACACGCUCAUCUUCUGCAAUCGAUCCGAUGGAGUCUGCAGUGCCGGGCUCACGGUCACUCCAGGCCAUCUUACCUACAAUGUGGACGUGCCGGAAGCGGCCGAUUUCCUAGUAGCCCGGGUCGCCGCUGCAUGA